GAGCGCUUCUGCUCGGGACACGCAUGGCGCCCGCACACGGAGUCUGACCUGAUGCGGACGCAAGGGGGUUACUAUGAACGUCCCUCCCGGUGGAAUCUGGCUCUGGCUCCCUCUGCUCUUGACCUGGCUAGCCCCGGAGGUGGGCUCUUCAUGGUGGUACAUGAGAGCUACCGGUGACUCCUCCAGGGUGAUGUGUGACAAUGUGCCAGGCCUGGUGAGCCGCCAGCGACAGCUGUGCCACCGCCAUCCAGAUGUGAUGCGUGCCAUUGGACUGGGUGUGGCCGAGUGGACAGCAGAGUGUCAGCACCAGUUCCGCCAGCAUCGCUGGAACUGCAACACCCUGGACAGGGAUCACAGCCUCUUCGGCAGGGUCCUGCUCCGAAGUAGUCGGGAAUCUGCCUUUGUUUACGCCAUCUCCUCAGCUGGAGUUGUAUUUGCCAUCACUAGGGCCUGUAGCCAAGGAGAAUUGAAAUCCUGUUCCUGUGACCCAAAGAAGAAAGGAACAGCCAAGGACAGCAAGGGCACCUUCGACUGGGGUGGCUGCAGUGAUAACAUUGACUAUGGGAUCAAAUUCGCCCGCGCAUUUGUGGAUGCCAAAGAGCGGAAGGGGAAGGAUGCCAGAGCCCUGAUGAAUCUUCACAACAACAGAGCCGGCAGGAAGGCUGUCAAGCGGUUCUUGAAGCAAGAAUGCAAGUGUCAUGGUGUGAGUGGCUCGUGUACACUGAGGACGUGCUGGCUGGCUAUGGCCGACUUCAGAAAGACGGGUGACUAUCUCUGGAGGAAGUACAACGGGGCCAUCCAGGUGGUCAUGAAUCAGGAUGGCACUGGCUUCACUGUGGCAAACAAGAGGUUUAAGAAGCCAACGAAAAAUGACCUCGUGUAUUUUGAGAAUUCUCCAGACUACUGUAUCAGGGACCGAGAGGCAGGCUCCUUGGGUACAGCAGGCCGUGUAUGCAACCUGACUUCCCGGGGCAUGGACAGCUGUGAAGUCAUGUGCUGUGGGAGAGGUUAUGACACAUCUCGCGUGACCCGGAUGACCAAGUGUGAGUGUAAAUUCCACUGGUGCUGUGCGGUGCGCUGUCAGGACUGCCUGGAGGCUCUGGACGUUCACACCUGCAAGGCUCCCAAGAGUGCCGACUGGACAACUCCUACAUGACCCCAGCAGAGGUCCUCAUCCACCUUCCCUCCCGAAAGGACAUUCUUUGAUCUGCAAAGACACUGGACCUCUGGGUUCUUGGGGUUGGGUUGGGAGGGGUGGGGCGUUUCCCUAAGGCAUGUGGCCUUGGUCUCAGCAGAAGCCCCUUCUCUCUCCCUGGGGGCCCAGGACUGCAGGCCACAAGCUGCACAUAAUGUAUACCCUAUUCUAUCCAUCUUCCGCAGUCUGGGGUCACCUCUCUUCCUGCUGAGUUUGCUUUGGAAAUGGCAAGACAGGCUGUUCUGAGGAGGAGGGCAAUGAGCCCAGAUCACUGUCACCUACGCUUUCCUCUAUCUAGAGCAACUGGCGGGGGGUGAGAAAAGCAUUUCAAAGCAACUUUCUCUGUGUCUUCCAACAAAUGCUCACAGUUAAGAAAUCCCAAGCUUCCUUCGGAGGAUGUGGGAGCAGAGCAAGUUAAAGAAAGCAGACCACCUGUCACCAAAUUAACUUUUAAUUCUUGAAUAAUCCCAGCAAGGCUUUUGUCUGACCAA